GAGUUGCGCGUGCGCAGAACGAACAGAGGUUUUAAUUGGCCAGAGCGGGUAGUGCGCGGGACCUGUGUGGCUCGGCAGGAACAUAGUGGGGGUGAACUAGGUCCCCGUUCAUCCCAGGGGUUCCUCUUGGCCCCAGGAAGCCCUGGCUGGGUCCCCGUGACCACAGGCCCGAGGCUGGAGACGGCUGCUCCUUGCGUUCGGCUUCCAUCCCGAUGGAAGAGCUUUCCGGGAAGCCCCUCAGCUAUGCGGAGAAGGAAAAGUUGAAGGAAAAGCUAGCAUUUUUGAAAAAGGAAUACAGCAGGACACUUGCUCGACUUCAGCGUGCCAAAAGAGCUGAGAAGGCUAAGAACUCUAAGAAAGCAAUAGAAGAUUGUGUGCCCCAGCAGGAAGCCUCCUCACAGCUAAGCCACUCUGAAUCUAUAAAUAACGGCUUUCCUUGUGACACAUUGCAAAGCAACCAUCUGGAUGAGGAGACUGGAGAAAACAUCUCUCAGAUACUUGAUGCUGAACCUCAGUCCUCUAACUGUAAACAAGGCCAAGACGUAUCACAUACACCAAGAGCAGGUGACAUUCAAGGACAAGUUUUGCAUAGCACCAGCAGCCCUGAUGGCAAGAAAGAGCAGAAUACGCUUCCGGGGACAAUGAAGGCGCCAUGGGAGAAGUCAUCUGUUUCACAGGAGAAGGAAGGUUAUUUUGACACUAAUUCUCUUGCGCUCCUCGGUAAGCAUCGAAAAGGGCAGGAAGCAGUCAGUAGUAAGAAUUCUAGGACUCCAGUAAGUGAAAACACUCGCCUUUUAAGUCUGAAGUCUCAAAUUCCUGACUCUCCAGCACUUGUUACAGGAAUUGGAGAGGGUAUAUUAAUUCCGCCAUCUGGCAAAUCAGAAAGGGGAAUUGAUAGACUUGUGAGAGGAAAUACUGUCUCUACGGAGGCUACAGUUCCUCAAUGUACUGCGUCAAACAUCAAUCACGGUCGGCACCUUGAACAUACACCUCCUAAAAGUGGCUGCAAAAUUACGACUCAGGGCCCGGCUUCAUCCACAAAGCUGGUGGCACAAGACCACAAAAUGACUAUAUUUACAGUAAACUCAGUAGUAGAUAAAGCUGUGCGUGCCCAUGGUCAGCUGCCAGGAAGUCCUAAUUCUUGUUCUGUAAAUGAUCUCACGCAUAGUAACUUGCCAGCAAAUACUACCCCAAACUCUAAGUCUUUAAAGUCUCCCAGUAACACUGUUGAUGGGAGAAAUGAGGCCCUUCAGGAAGAUGAAAUUCUUGGUCCAUCUAAGAACCUCAGCCCGGCAGCAGUCUCUCCUCCUUCCACAGAAAGUCAAAUACAUUCCUGUACUAUGCUUGAAGGCCUUCUGUUUCCUGCAGAAUACUAUGUUAGAACAACCCGUCGUAUGUCAGAUUGUCAGAAGAAAAUAGCUCUGGAAGCUGUAAUUCAAAGUCAUUUGGGUGUCAAAAAGAAAGAGCUUAAAAAGAAAACCAAAGCAACUAAGGCGGUCGUCCUCUCCAGUGACGACACUGACCAGAGUGAAAGUGGCAUGCUGGACACGAGCACGGGACAGUCCAGUUCAGGCAGCCUCUCUCAGAAACUGCUCUCACCAGCUGAGGUCAGCUCUCCUCCAGGACCUGCUGGGAAGGCCACCACACCGCCACCUGGUAGAGGACACAGAGGGAAACGAAAAUCAGUCCGCACCUCCACACUGGGUCACUGUCAGCUGCUUUUUCCUCCGUGUGCUGCACUGACUGUUAACAGGUCCAAUGGCAAAUUCACCAAGCAUAAAUGUCAGAACAGAGGCGUGAUUAUUCAUGACUUUGAGUUACCUGAUGAAGACUUUGGGCUUCUUAAACUUGAAAAAUUGAAGUCCUACUCAGAAAAACUGAUUGAGUCUCCUGACUCAACAAACUGUGGUGAGAGACUUCCUGGACAAGGAAACCAUGCUGCUCUGGAGGAACUGCAAAGAGAUUCGGAGGCGGAAGAGGAGCUCACUGUUCCACCAGGAGAAACGUACCAUCCAGGGCCAACCCUGAGAAGGCAGCCAGGGAGCAAGGGCCUUUCCUCAUCCAUAGUGCUUUUCACUCCUGCAGACACUGCUGCGCCUAAUGACAGUGGCAGGCCUCCUCCCUCCCUGUGCUCACCUGCUUUCCCCAUCUUAGGCAUGACUCCAGCUCUCGGCUCCCAAGCAGCCGGUGAGACUCUAUCUACUGAAGCUGCACAGCCUUGCUCUACAUCCCAACCUCCUCUCUUGGGAAACACAAACAGUCUUGUCAAUAACAGUAAACAGUGCAACAGUUCAGUCUGCUCACCAAAACUGGACACCAACCUGCAAGCGUCAGGUAGGCAAGGACAACCUGCCUGUGACAGUGACUCUGGCCCCCAAGCAACACCUCUACCUAUUGAGUCAUUCACUUUCAGAGAAAAUCAGCUUUGUGGAAAUGCAUGCCUCGAGUUACAUGAACAUUCCACUGAACAGACUGAACCUGCAGAUCUCCCUGCUUGUGACAGGUUAAACCCAGGCAACCUACAGUUGGUUUCAGAGUUAAAGAAUCCUUCCAGUUCCUGUUCUGUGGAUGUGAGCGCCAUGUGGUGGGAAAGAGCUGGUGCUAAGGAGCCAUGUAUUGUAACUGCUUGUGAAGAUGUAGUUUCUCUUUGGAAACCCUUGAAUUCUCUGCAGUGGGAGAAAGUUCAUACCUGGCACUUCACAGAGUGCCUGAUUGCCCGCUGCUUACUCCUGGCUCCUCGGAUUUGUGUUUGGUGUAGGGCGUUGCUGUGCUCUUCUGGUGAUGACAGUGAAAAGCAGGUCCUCCUGAAAUCUGGAGAUAUAAAAGCUAUGCUUGGCCUGACAAAGCGGAGGCUAGUUAGUAGCACUGGGACCCUAUGCAAUCAACAAAUACAAAUCAUGACAUUUGCUGACGACGGAAGCAGCAAAGAUGAACAGCUUUUGAUGCCUCCUGAUGAGACUGUACUGACUUUUGCUGAAGUCCGAGGGACGCAGGAAGCUCUGCUUGGUACUACCACUGUGAACAGCAUUGUGAUCUGGAAUUUAAAAACCGGCCAGCUCCUGAAGAAGAUGCACAUUGAUGACUCCUACCAGGCUUCGGUCUGUCACGGAGCCUGUUCUGAGAAGGGGCUCCUAUUUGUUGUUGUGAGUCAACCUUGUGCCAAAGAGAGCCAGGCCCUUGGAAGCCCCGUGUUCCACCUGCUGGUGAUUAACCCUAAGACGGCCCGGAGUGCGGGUGUUCUGCUGUGCUCCCUUCCUCAGGGGCAGGCUGGAAGGUUCUUGGAAGGGGAUGUGAAAGAUCAUGUCGCAGCAGCAGUCCUGACUUCUGGGACAAUUGCCAUUUGGGAUUUGCUUCUGGGUCACUGCACGGCUAUCCUCCCACCUGUCUCUGAGCAGAGUUGGUCUUUGGUUAAAUGGUCAAGUACAGAUUCUCACUUGCUAGCUGGACAAAAGGAUGGAAAUAUAUUUAUAUACCGCUACUUUUAAGAGGCACAUAGUUUGGGUUUUUUUUUUUUUUUUUUAAGAAUACAAUAUCUGAAUGACAUUUAAUGUGAUUACUUGAAUGUAUUUCCCACACACUUAAUUUUCUUCUGAUAGUGACUACUGACUGAACAUUUGUUUAUAGUUAUUUUC